AUGGAGAAAAAAUGGGUCUAUCUUUUAAUUGCUAUCGGGGUGUACUACAUUUCUAUUUACUUCAUUUUCUACAUCGCCGUUUUAACGAGGAAGAACUACACGACGAUCAAAUUAGAGGACAAGGGACAAAAUGAUGAAUCUUCUAAAACGGAAGAGUAUAGUGGAAAAUGGAUUGACAAAACAAUGUACAGAAUUUCUGACGAGGUAUCCGCAAAGCUAAUAAUUGUCUCUCAACCUUCCGAAUCUGAUGAUUCCGGACCAUGGGCUAGUAUUGAAGACGGUUGUCAAGAUUAUCAGUACCAGCACAACGAGCCAACCAUUCAUCCUGACGAUGACGAGCCAAUUAUUUUUCUCGUAAACGCUGGCGACUGUAACUAUGAGGACAAGAUUGAGAUGGCUAAACAGUACAUGAAUGAUGAUACAGGGAACCCAGCUGGACUUCUCAUCAUUGAUGUGGUCUCAGAAAGUAUCAUUGACAAAUCAUUAUCCGACAAUUCGCCGACAAAAAACUUCCCAGUUGUCGAAGUGCAAUAUUCAACAUUGAAAAGAAUGUGGACGGAUUUCGAGUUCGGUAACACCACAAAAACGAUAACAGUAACGAUCGGGACAGAAAAAGAGGAGGCAGAAGAAACUAUAAUUAUGAUGACGUUCUUGCCAACAAUUGUCCUGCUCUUGAUCCAUCUUGUGUGGUUGACCUGUUUCCCAAGGGGCUCGCAAUCAAGACAUUUGAAAGCAGAAGUCUCUGAUGAAGUCAAAGCUGACCUGAAGAAGAUUUACAUCUCGAAGAAAAUGCUCAAGGUUGACAGCAGGGAAAUCGGUGCUGGUUAUUUUGGAAACGUAUACAAAGGUCAUCUGAGAUACCAGAAUUCAAUAUCAAGCAAUAAAACAUCGUUUGUUCCUGUUGCCGUGAAAAGAUUCAAGAAAGAAAAGUGCUGCGCUGGCUUUCCUAAAAAUUUUUGUCCGAAUACCACGGACUAUUUCAAGGAGGCUUCUUUUGUGCUUCGAGCAAAGAGUAAAUAUGUUGUGGAAAUUUAUGGCAUAGCAAUCGAAGAUGGUAAUCAUCCUGUCAUCGUAAUGCCAUUGUACAGUAAAAAUAGGAGUAUAAGCGAAUACGUCAGUAAAUCCUCGAACGUCAUUAGAUUCACGCAUGCUCUGAAAAUUCUCUUUCAGUGUGCUUCUGGCUUUGAUUUUCUUGCGCAAAAUAAAAUUCUCCAUCGCGAUAUUUCAGCAAAAAACAUCCUCCUUGACGACAACCUUGUCCCAAAAAUAUCCGAUUUCGGGCUGUCGUCCUACACAACGGAAGAGUAUGGAAGCUGCUACUAUACGAUGAAGAAUAAUGACAAACCUCAUCCGCUUCGAAAUUUUGCACCUGAAGUUUUCAAUUUCGAGUUUUCCACAUACUCUGACAUAUUUUCCUUCGGAUAUGUAAUUUGGGAAGUAUUCAAUAGAGGAGGUCACCCUCUUGAUGGCGUGACGGGCUUGAACACUUGGGACUUGAUAAAAAGUUACAAGCAGAACAUGGACAUCAGGCAUGAACUGCCUUAUAUUCUAAACCAGCAUCAACACGUCGAGGUCUUCUCCGACGUGGCUAACCUUCUCCGACUCACAUGGAGCCACGAGCGUUCCGAACGAAAAUCAUUCACCCACUAUUACGAAGGAUUCAAAGCGGCGUACAACUACGUUGGUCGAAGAAAGGAUACCGUGCUUGAUAUAAAUAUACAAAAGCCAUCCAUUCUCCGAGCGAGCUCCGAACUCAGUCUCCCACAGCACUACUACUUGAAUAACUCAGCUGCAGAUUUGAAUAAUGAUUACAGAAGCUGGCUUGUUGAAACGGGAUCUAUUCGAUAUCUCCGGCCGCUAUCUCCGACCUCGCCGAUUAGAGGACCCCUCUCGUCAACUUCAAGUUCUGUAUCAAACGCUCGAUAUGGAACGCCAAUGGACAACUACAGCAAUAUCUUGUAA